AUGUCACAUCGCUGUGUCUGUCCCCAGAUGGGCCGGCUUUAUUCAUUUGGCUGCGCACUUGGUGGGCCCUUUCAACCCGGCUUCCCUUGUAGCUCAGACGAUAAAGAAUCUGCCUGCAACGCAGGAGACCUGGGUUCAAUCCCUGGGUCAGGAAGAUCCCUUGGAGAAGCACAUGACAACCCCCUCAAGUAUUCUUGCCCGGAGAAUUCACUGUCCAUGAGAGAGGAGCCUGGCAAGGUGCAGUCCAUGGGGUCCCAAGGAGUCAGAAUCGAAUGGACUAAUCCCUGCAUUCUUCAGCCUGGCAACUCAAGGAACUUCCCUUCCCCUCUGGGAACUUGCUUUCCACAAAUGCCUGAUAAUUUUGGGAUGUUUGCUAUAUUAAGAAGAAAACACAAAACAGGGUUGGAAAUUGUUUACAUGGCAGGAUGUGAGUGA